UAAAUACAAAAACAAGCACACCAAACAAAACCACAGGAAGAAAGAGUGAAAAGAGUCUACAAAAAAUCAAUCCACAACUACAAAACCAUCCAUGGCUGAAGAAGAAGAAGAAGAAGAAGAAGAAGAACAAUCAACAUCUCCAACAACAUCCUCAUCCUCAUCCUCAUCCUCGUCCUCAUCGAUGUUGAUAAUAAGAUUGAUGAGUAAAAGAAGAACAUGGGCAUGUCUAUUCAUCGUGGUCUACACUGUUCUCUUAACAUCCUCAUGGAACAUCCUUAAAUCCAUACUCUCAUGGUACGAAACAACCACUUCCUCAUCUUCUGCUCUCUACGCUUCGGUGGCGCUGGGUGCUCUGUUCGGCCUCCUCGCCAUGGCGGCCGCCCUCGCCGUGGCGGUUCCGGCCACCAUGGUGUCGUGGAUAACGGUGCUGGUGCUGCUGGCCUUCUGUGGGAAGCCACGGACCGCUCUGGUGGUUGAAGGCAAGAAAUUGACGGCUGAGAUUGUUGUGUUUGUGGUCAAGAUCUUGAUCAAGGAAGGGAAUGUUGUCGCCGCCAUUUGUGCCGUAUUAGGAUACUUUGCACUGUUUAGGAGGAACAGAGAUGAUGUUGUUUAGUUUUGGAAUUUGUUUUCUUUGUUGAAAUUUUGGGAGACAGAUUCAAGAACAUGAUAGAAUUUGGGAAAGUUUCUCAAUCUCUCUCUCAUCCUCACUUUCUCUCUCUAGGGGAUAUGAUGGAGAUUUAUUUAUUUAUUUUUUUUUUUUUGUUUUUUAUUUUUUGUUUUUUGUUUUUUUUGUUGGACUUGUAAAUUAGGAUUAGACUUGGGAAGCUCUUUCCAAGGGGCCAUGUAACACCUGUAAUAUUUUUGCUAAUUGCAAUGUAUUAUCUUUUUUUUUUUUUAAUAAUAAUUUCUUAAUGUUUUUAUUGUUAA